AUGAGCGCCAUUCGGCAUCUGGCAUUGAUAGCCUUGUUCCUGAGCUCAACAUGUGUCGUCGAGCAGCAGCGGGUAGCAUGCUCGCAGUUGGGAUCGGCUGUAGAAGCCGUUCUCCAUCUACGAGGGGGAAGGGCCUCCAGGAUGAGCAGCAAGAAGUUUUCUUCCAUCGAGUCGACCCGCGCAGGGUUAGGAGGAGCCAAUUUGGUGCGGACCCUUGCAAGGAGGAGGAAGGGAGGGCCGUCGGCGUUCGCCUCUGCUCAAGCAGAGCAUGUAGCCAAGGAAGAGCUGGAUGGUAUGGACGAGUUUGACCUGUCGGAAGAGCUGCGGAAUGCAGAAGAUCUGAGCUCGGGGAAGUAUGUUCCAGAUGACGAUGAUGAAGAUGAAGAUGAAGAUGAAGAUGAAGAUGAAGAUGAAGAGAAGGAUGAAUCUGAUGCACCUGCAAAGGAGGAGAAGAAAGAAGUUUUCACGGGGCGAAUGAUAACAGAGCAAUCGAUCCAGAAAGAAAGGAAGAAAAAGCAGCGGAAGGGACCUUGGGAGUCGAGUACAGAAGAAGAGAUAGUCGACGAUGACGCAAUGCCCGAUGUUGACGAUCCGUUGAAACAUCUCAAGGCACAGGAAGAGCUGAGAAGGAGGAGAGCGGAAGAGGCAAAAAGGCUGAAAGAAGCCGAGAUGGCCAAGCAGCAACAGAAGAAGAAGAGGCGAGGAGCAUGGAAGAUCGCUGGGACUGCUUGUCUGGCGUGGGAUUGGUUUCAAGGGCGAUCGCAGAAUGUCUAUGACUUCACUACUCUUCGAAACAGGAAGUUUGGAUACGUUGUCCAGCUCUACGACCUCACUCCCACGGGAUGGUUUUCAUUUUCUCGCAUGACAGAAACGAGGGUUGUCUUGACUUGUGUUGAGCUGACAAUCUCUUGUGCUGAUAGAGAUGCUUUUGAAGAAUCGAGAGGAUCUGAAUUCUGGGGAGAGAGUCUGGUGAAGAGCCUUCUGAACAUGACCAUGAUACAGAAUCGGACGUUGCCCUUCAAAGCCAACGAUGACGGGCAGGGAAUCAUCUUUCGCUUUAGCAACUGGCAUGGGAGGGUGAAAGGAAGCUUCGUUCUCAUCCGGCACUACAAGCGCACUGACGAAGAGUUGUAUCUCACACCGGAAGGGUUCGUCUUCAUCGGUCAAUCGAUGCGAGAUAAGACUCUUACCAUCUUCGGGAAGAGUGUGGACGCCUAUAUCUCAGAGGAGGACGAGGAUGCUGAUCCUAUUCAUGCUGUUUGGGUCCAGGGACCAGGGAGACCAAAAUUCAUAAAGCCCAAGAGGGCGAAGGCUCUUCUCAAGGAGCAGCAGGACCUGUUUCGGCAAGGAGAUCUCGACUGGCUUUUCGUCGCCCACAACGCGAAACUUCGAGACGAGAAGCGAGACAAAGAGAUCGACGAGUCAUCGGAAUCCAUGCCUCGUGAACCUUUCAAAUGGCCGUCUGACCCUCAAGAGGAUGUGUUUGGAGCUGCCAAUCAGGAGGAGGAGGAGGCAGCAUCUAUGGACCAGAUGUUGUACGAGAAUGGCAAUGAGCUUAUGUGA